CUACUAUGAAAGGACCUGCCGUAGAUUUGAUCUAUAAGCGGCUGCUAUUUACAGUAACAUACAUUUAUUGACGCAUUCUCUUUUUUGAUAGGAAAGAAGUUUAUUCGUAAUUAUUAACAUCAAAAAAAAAAAUAUAAUGCUCCCUAAUUAAUGCUAAAAUUAAGUAUUACAGACAGGUUAUUGUAUAUAAGCUCAAAUCCCAAAGGAUAAUAGGUAACUAUGUAAGAAAUUUCUAUCCCCAGAGCUAAUCCGUGAAAAGAAUGAUUUUUAAUAAAGGUCUGCUGUCAGCCUCGAGGUCCCGGCUGAAUUUUCUGAAAAUCAAUACACGUCUUCAUAGGAGGUAUUCGAUUUACGAUUUAGUAAACCAGGAUUUCUCAACGUAUGAAAACCAGAAGCUGCAUGUUCAACAUGACCUAAAAGUUCGGCUGAAGGAUUUGCUGAAAACAUUUAAUGCUCCUAUACAAGUCGCAAUAGGAUAUGGUAGCGGUGUGUUUCAACAGGCAGGUUAUCAGUCAUCUGCGAAACCAAUGGUUGAUUUUAUUUUCCAAGUGAAUGAUCCAGUACGUUGGCAUGAAUUGAAUAUCCAGCAAAAUCCCUCUCAUUAUUCUGCAUUGAAGUACUUCGGACCAAAAGCAGUUACGAAAGUCCAAGAAGACUAUGGUGCUAAUAUUUAUUACAAUACACAAGUACGAGUGGGGAAUAGCAUUAUUAAGUACGGAGUCAUAAAAAGAGAGUCAUUGAUGGAUGAUUUGAAAAACUGGAAUACCCUUUAUACAGCUGGGAGAUGUCAAAAACCUGUGGCUUUAUUUCAGGGAGAAGAGUUCUUUUACCCACUUAAUCGUCAAAACUUAGAACAGGCUACCUCUGCUGCUCUAUUCAUGCUUCCGAAUAAGUUUUCCGAAUUUGAAUUUUACAAGACUAUAGUAAAUCUUUCUUACAUAGGCGAUAUGCGCAUGUCACUAUUUGCAGAGAAUCCGAAGAAGGUGGAUAAUAUUGUUUCAAAGCAGCUUUUUUAUUUUAGAAAGUUAUAUUUACCCAUUCUGUAUACUCAUUUUAAUGUCAGCUUCCCCUUUUACGAUUCAAAGUUCCAUAAGCUAAAUGGUCACGACCCUACUUUCCUGCUAGAAAUUGAACAUGAAUCUACUGGGAAGGCAAAUCACUACUUUAAUAAUUUGCCAAUUAACUAUCGGAAUUUAAUUCUGGCAGCUGCUUAUAAACAUGGUUUCAGUGAAAAUGAUUUGUGGUUACGGACAUCUAUUCAAACCCGGCAAAUGCUAAGCAUCAUAGCAUUGAAACGUCUUACACAACGGCCAAUCUUAACACAGAGUGCCAAGGGCGUAUUAACCGCUGGUUUGUACCGUUCUAUAAGCUACUCUUUGGAAAAGCUGAAAAAGGGACUUUCUUUUUCAAAAUAAAAUCACCAGCGGAAUCCCUAAAUAAUACGUCUCUCCUCUGACUAUGUCUCUUUCGAAAGUUUGAUUACGAUAUAUAUUAGAAGGUAGAUUCAAACUCAUAAUGAACAAAAGUUUUUUAUUGAAUGUUUAAAAUGUAGA